GUAUCUGACGAUUGCACAUAUCCAAGUGGAAACUCAUAAUUAGUCAAUCAUAACGACAAAGCCAACGAACACCAGGUCACUGAGGCAAACAAACAUAGCUGAUCCAAUAUUCUAAAGUCAAACCUGUUAGUAAUUCUUCCACAACUACAAAGUUCAACUACCACUUUCUUGAAAACUCCAACAACUAAUUUUCUUGAAUUCAAUCAUUUGAAAGAAUUCAAUGAGUGAAGACAGCAAGAAAAGUCAUCUUCGCCACCAUCUAGACCGCUUUCUCCCCCAUCACCACCACCACCACCACCACCACGGAGACGACCAACCGCCUCCGUCUCAGCCGCCUCCUGAAUAUGGAACUUUUCCUCAGCCAGUUCCUCCUCCUGGCGCCACGGGGACACCUACACCUGAACACUAUGCACAUGGUUAUCAGGCUGUUCCAGGUUAUAUUGCUCCUGAUCCUGAAGGAAGACCUGAGAGAGAGCAUCGCCUUCCUUGCUGUGGUAUUGGUCUCGGAUGGUUCAUGUUCAUUAUCGGUUUCCUUCUUGCUGGCAUCCCUUGGUAUCUAGGUGCAUUUGUCCUGCUUUGUGCACAAAUUGAUCCUCGAGAGAAACCAGGAUACAUCGUGUGCACCAUUGCUGCUGUUCUUGCUACUUUUGCCCUCAUAUUUGGUCUGUCGCACACUUGAUUGGAGAGUGGUCAUCAAUCUGUGUGUAUUCAUAUCGGAACUCUAUCUGGCUUGAUUAAUGUGUAUUUUUUCAGAUGUAAGUAAAAAUUGCAUAUCUUUGGUUCCUUCUUGUGUUUUAAUGAAAGCUUCCAACACUGUUAAUGUUCUUUUAAGAUCUGCUUGUGAAUAGUUUGCUGUAAUUGUGGCAAGAGUAUGCAUUUGUAAGUACUGGUAAUCAAGUGAAAUCCUGUUACUUAUA